AUGAAAAGCAUAUCAGACAAUGUUCAUGGACUUAUAUUAGCUCUGUCAUCCAGUAUUUUUAUUGGAUCUAGCUUCAUUAUUAAGAAAAAAGGCCUUAUGAAAGCUGGAGCAAGUGGAAUUCGUGCAGGUUCUGGAGGAUAUUCAUACUUGCUGGAACCUUACUGGUGGGCUGGGAUGUUAACGAUGAUUGUCGGUGAGGCAGCUAAUUUUGCUGCCUAUGCUUACGCCCCAGCAAUACUUGUGACUCCAUUGGGAGCUUUAAGUAUUAUUUUCAGUGCAUUGCUAGCGCAUUUUAUCUUGGAUGAGAGGCUACAUAUAUUUGGUGUGGUAGGGUGUAUCCUGUGCUUGGUCGGUUCCGUCAGUAUCGUGUUGCACGCCCCUUUGGAACGCAAAAUGGAAUCUGUCAAGGAAGUAUGGCACUUAGCAACUCAGCCAGGAUUCAUCAUCUACACCUGCCUCGUUGUGUGUUUGGUUUUGCUCCUCAUAUUCCGGUUCGUACCACGUUAUGGGCAGUCGCAUUUGAUCGUCUACAUUGGCAUUUGUUCCCUCACCGGUUCACUCACGGUUAUGGGUGUGAAAGCAGUGGGCAUAGCUCUGAAGCUGUCGGUGGAAGAUUCAAAUCAGUUUAAGUACUUCCAAACAUGGUUUUUCACUGUUUGUGUCAUCAUCUUUUGCCUUCUGCAACUUAACUAUCUCAACAAGGCUCUGGACUGCUUCAAUACUGCAGUGGUUUCUCCUGUAUAUUAUGUGAUGUUUACCACGCUCACCAUCGUAGCUAGCGUCAUUAUGUUUAAGGACUGGGAUCACCAAACCGUAACACAGAUUGUAACAGAAUUCUGCGGCUUCAUAACCAUAUUGUCGGGGACUUUUCUUCUGCACAAAACCAAAGACAUGGGAGGGGGCAGCAAAGCAUCAACAGUAACUCCAGAUUCGGAAACCACAAGAGAAGCCCCACCUAAAAGCCGGCCGGAAGGACCCGAGGAUGUUUAA